CCUGUUAACAGUUGUGUCCGCGUGCACAGAUUUCCCAUGUUUACAGACCUGAGCAUCCCAAACGAAUAGAAACCCUCGCAAAGCGGAUCUUGCUGCCAUGUCGCACUUUCAUACGCUUCCCCUGCGAAACAGCCGUUCAGAGACAAUGGCCCCUUGUGGUUGAUAGCGAGUACAAUUAGGACUGAUGUAUAAUAACCGUACGCCGCCAGACGUGAGCAGCUGUGCGCACUCUGGAAGGCGGGACUAGAGGAUACGCGAGGGAACUCCAGGAGUGUUUACAAAGUAACUUUUACUUACGAGCUCAGCUCUCCAUCCAAAGCAGUAAUGCCGAACUGCGAGAGUGAGUUAAAGGGUCGUAGAAGCGGCGCUCAAUUUGGACGGGAACGUGUGCGGCUGUGGAUGAGGAGUCGCUGACGUGAACAGAAAUUACCUAAAACAAGCCAAGCGAACUCGCCAAAGCAAAGAUUCGCAGAAAUGAGUAGAGAUAAGUGGAGGAAGAGCCUCACCGUGAGGCUCUGCGUGUCCCUUUGUACGGUGCUCCUUGGCGUGCAGGUCUUCAUGGAGUUCGGCCGGUCCCGGUUCCACUUUCUCAGCCGGCAACGCCACCACGAAGCCCCACUGGCUCAGGGGAGGGCCGGUUUUGCACCGCUUAAUGCGCACACUAGGAGACAAGAGACGGGCGCAAAAAGUGACAAGAAGGAGCCCACUGUGCCAGCUGAGGAGGGCAAGGUGGGCGUCGAGCAGCAGAGGAAGUUACUACGAUGGCAUAUCAAUUUGCAGCCAUGGGCAAAUUCAAAUCAUGCUUUGGAGUAUGAAGCAGCACGGUUUCUAAACUACAUCACCAAUCCACAGGUCAACUGUGGAACUACGCACGAAAUAGAAAUAUCCAACAUAUCUGGGGUCAACGGAAAACCUUGGUCUGUCUGCUUAGAUGACAAAUAUACCCUGGCUCAUCAGAUAAAGAAGAAACAGUGCCGUGUCUACUCCCUUUUGCUAGGGAAUGACAAUGAACAUUUUGAGAUGAGUCUUGCCAAAGCGGGAUGUGAGGUUCACUGCUUUGACCCCAGCAUUAAAGUACCUCAUCUUCAGAAUGGAGAACGCUUCUGGCAUCAUCGGUUGUCUGUUGACUGGAGGGAACCUAAUCCUGCCAUCCCUGUGCAAAAACAACACAGCAAUACCAAGAAGCUGGCUGCCAUCUUGAAUGACUUUGGUCAUCGGAAGAUAGAUGUCCUCAAGGCAGAUGUAGAAAGUACAGAAUGGAAGAUCCUUGAGAAUCUCAUCCUGGAGAAUGUUAUUAGUGAGAUUGGGCAGUUGCUGUUUGAAGUCCAUCUACACUGGCCAGGAUUUGAAGUCAGUGGGGAUGAUAGCACUGUGGUUCGUUACUGGUACAGCUUGUUGAAAGAGCUGGAGCACAAUGGAUUCCGCCUCUUCCACAGCCACAAGAAUCCAAAGGGACCUCAUGUUUUUCUACAGAAGAACAUCUUCAAUGCCAGCAGCAGCUACACUCUCUGCUGGGUCAACACCAGAUGGAAGAGAUAACUGGGAAAAGGACUGUGCUGUAUGACUGUGAAUAUAUUAGCAGAGUGUAAGAAAAACAAAAAUGAAGUAGAAAACAAAAAUUAAUUAUUCACCAAAUAUUUAAACACAAGGGUCAGAAGCGGCAUGAGUCACAGCAGCAAGCUAAAAGCCUGGAGGCGGUAGAUGUAGGCAGCAAACACAUUUUCACAAAUAAAAGAACAGCAAUGGCCUGAAAAAUGAAAUCUUAGCCCACACAGUGUAAAAUGUGGACAUGAUUUUUCAUUGUAGCUUUGAAUGUUUUUUUUUUUUCCACCACCAAAACUGAUUUUCAUCAGUUAUGACCAACUAUUCGACUUUAGGGUAAGGCUAAGCUUCUCAUGCUGACAGGUGAACUGACCGCAAAACGUUCCACAGAUGUCUGCGGGGCAGACAAAUGUGCGGAUUCCUUGGGCAUAUCUUGGACAGCAAUACUCGUUAAAGUCAGUGUGACACUGCAAAGACACGUGUAGAAAACAAUAUUCACCAUGCCAUACUCUUACAAGGUGGCUGGAGGCUUGGUCUCUAGCCAGAAAACCACUUGCAGAAUGGCUGCUUUUUUAAUGCAAAAAGCCUUGUGAGAACAUUCUUAAACUUGGGAAACCAUGUGAAAUGGAUGCUUAAGUCUCUUCUAUGGGCUAAUUUGCACAACUCUGUAAAAUUCCAAACAAUUUUGUAUUUUUUUUUUUGUAUUACAAGAAAACAAAUCACCCAAUAACCAAAACUACCUUUACUACUUUCUGUUAUGUCCUCCCAUUUGUUGUUGGCAUAUACAAAAACUGUGAAGAAAUAGCUUGCUUCGUACAGAAUUCCAGCAUUGCAUCCUGAUUCAUAAAGGCGCAGGAGGCAGAGAAGCCACCUUUUUAGAAGAUUUGUAUACUGACACAAAGUCACGCUGGUCCUAUUCAUUUGUGCGGGCCAUCAAAAAGACUAUUAAAAGGGAUGUAAAAAUGCAAAGGUGAAUUUUGGGUGUGCACUGUUCCAUCAGCUGGUGUUUGUCAUGUUUCUUUUUCUCCUUUACUGAAUGAUUUCUUGCUCAUAAAAACCUUUUAAGUCUUUUUGUAUUCCCUUUUCAGCUGCCAGUUUAGGGGUGUGUGGACACAUUGCAGUUUAGUGUGGUGACUGGGCCUGAUAUGCCUCAGGUUGCAAGUGCAGGGAGUCAGAAGGAGAUUAAUCAAAGUCCUUCUGUUUUCAGAAGGCAAUUCAAAGCUGCAAGGCAGCAUAACUUUAUGUCCAACAUGUCUCAGGACGAUGAACAAGAAGAUCUCUAAUAGAGUUUUAGGUAAGGUUCACACCGAGUCGGCAUUGAAAUCCUAACCCUAGCCUAUUCAUCUUAACUCUUCCAUCGAUAUACUAUCAAAGGUGCCUAACCAAGUUCAGAAUCAGGGACAAGGGAAGAACCAGCUUUAGGUGGGGCACAAGUUCUUGUUUGCCAGUUAACAUAACAAGCACGUCUUUGGGAGAAAUGGAAACGUAAACAUGAGACCAUGCAAUUCUGACAAACCAGCCAAGUUGCGUUUCAAACACUGGAGGAAAAGUAAGUUGGGUCUUAAUUAAGCCACUUGUUUCAUGAGAAUUAACUAAUUCCACCGAGUCUUGUCUUUCCUACUCAUCACAGGAGGUGAGACAAGAGUAAAGCGAGCGGGAUAGCACCUGCCACUGUGUAAUAUGAUCUGCUCUGUGUCAGUGUAGAAUCAAGAGGCCCGUUUACUCAGCUGACCAGAGGAGUUCUCGUAUUGGUCAGCAGGAUAAGGUUAGGCUUCCUAACUUGGAGGUCCUGGGUUCUUGGCCAGUCUGGUCAUGUCAGGCCAUGAAACAAAAUGGUGAGACCCGGAGCAUUUCCCUGCCAGUGACAGUACUGAUCCCCACUAAAGUAGGAGGCAUCACUAAGUAAGGACUAUUUUUCAGCCUUGACUUGAACAAAUCCUUAACAGAUAAGAGAGCACGGAAUCAUUUUCUUCUUUGAUUUUUCCUUAUAAUUCACAUGCAAAUUUAUAAAACUAUUUUAACUUACAGUCUAAGCACUCUGAGAAAUUACUAUCUCAAGAGUUUAAUUCACACUUGCCAGACAACUUAUCAGACAUUUCACUGAGAACAUUGACAUUGGGGCAAAAUCAUAGAAAUUUUGCUUUGCUCACAUUGAAAAGGUUUUAAGUUAUGCGUACUGUUUUUGUGAUAGGCUUCUAGGGUGACUGUGUUCUCCAUCUCUAGCCCUUGUAUAUUUACUCUUACCAGUCCUGGUCACUGUCAGGAUUUACUGCUAUUGUAGUUAAAUGCUUUUCCCUUUCUUUUCCCCCCCCAAGUAACUUGAUUGAGUACCAUAACAGGUGUCAGAGAUGGCUGGGGUGGCGACCCGGCUGGAACACCUAGGAAGACCAGAGGAGGGCUUAUGC